AUUAUUUCUACACCUUCAACAGUGCUUGCCAUUUACCACCGUUUCUGUAAGCACUUGAAUGCAGCACGAGGCUCAGACGGACGGUACGUCAUCUGCCGGGUUCCGCUCCCUUCGUUGCCAUGUCAACGACUUUGUUUCCUUCGCUACGGUUAAAAAAAAGUGCAAGUUAAGCUUUAAAGUUUAACCAAAAUUGAUGGUGCGUGGCGGGAAACGCAUAUCUUCUGCGCGGGAGUACGAGCGCGUGCCAAACGAGGAAGAAAGCUCGGUCGGUAGUUUCUAUUAGCUGCAGUGCAUUCAUCAGCUCCUUGGUGCUCACAGAAUGAGCGACACAACCAUCCUGGACCGUCUGCAGACCUUGCAGAUCUACCGGCUGCUGCAGCAUGUUCGCAACCGAAAUAAGGAGGAGAUUGAGAAGAUGCUGAAAUUUGGGGUUGCAAACCUAAUUAAUCUAAGAGACCCUGAAAAUGGCUUAGUGGCACUUCACCUGGCAGCUUCAGCCGAUAAUCUGGAUCUAGUGGACUUCCUCCUGUCUCGAGGAGCACAUCCGGACGUCCAGGAUAAGGGUGGCCACACGCCGGUCAUGCUUGCAGCCGAGCUGGGAAGUGUUGACAUUGUAACUCGGCUGAGCCACAGUCAAGCUAACAUGAGGAUUGUGGAUUCUGCUGGCAAAGGAGUUCUGUUCUACUGCAUCUCCCCCAAAAAGUCCCAUGCCUGCUGCCUGCAGGUGGCGCUGGAGAACCAAGCAGACGUCAACAACGUUUCCUCAGAGGGAGUUCAUGUCUUCCAGCUCAUGUGUGAAAAGGCCCUUGUUUGCACCCCCAUAUGUCUUAUGAUGGUAGACGCUGGUGCAGAUCCAAACGCCAAAGAUACGAAAACUGGAGUCACAGCUCUAAUGGAGGCAGCUAAAGCUGGAUCCCUGCAGCUUGUUAGAGCCAUUCUCAAGAGAGGAGGAACCCCAGAGGCCUUGGACAAAAGGCGCUGCACUGCGAUGCACUACGCUGCCAUGGGGGGCUUUUUUGAGGUGAUUCAGGUGCUGUCUGCAUACUCUGCACCCAUGAAUGUGAUUGAUCUGGACGUCUGCUCGCCCCUGCACUAUGCUGCCGCCUCAGGCAAUGCUGACUGCUGCAGGUUUUUGGCACAGAGAGGUUGCAACCCAAAGCUGAAGAACUUGAAGGGUUCGACGCCUAGUCAGAUAGCCAAAGAGCGCGGUCACAAAGCUGCGGUACAGGAGCUGAAAACUGCAGAGAGAAAACAGGGGAAUGGCAAAGCAUCGAAAGGAGGACAGGCCCCGACUGAACUCUGGGCCCUGACUCUAUACGACUGGUCUCACGAGCACGAGGCAGAACUACGGCAAGCUUUUGGGGACGAAACGGUAAACCUGCACACCUUCAUGUCUGUGCUGACAAAGCUAAAGGCUCCGGUUAGUCCUGACAGCCUCCAUGCAGUCAUCUCGGCACACGACAAAAAAAAAGAAGGACUCAUCAACACCGCAGACUUCAUCAAAGGUGUCAACUACGUCAAAAAAGAUGUCCUUCUACCAUCGCGCGUGCCAAAAAAGGGCAAGGAAGAAAAAGGAGGAAAAGGAGGGAAGAAGAAGGGAAAAUGUACCCCCCCCUUCCCCAUCUUUAUCCUCCCAUUAGAGAAGAUGCCCCGGCGACCCAACGGUGGCCCUCCCCUGUUUAUGAUUGAAAAAUACCACAGCCGUUGGGAUAGCCGCCGGUUUGACAGCAAACACCCACCAGAGCAUCCCAUCAUGAACGAUUCGAUGUGGUACAUGGACAAUCCUGACACAGAGUACGUCGACAUCAAUGUCUGCGUGGAAAAUGGGGAUCUGGAGACGAUGGACCUCGCCUUCAGUCAGGGAGUUCCUGUGGAUGUACAAGAUACGUUCUUCAGGACUCCUAUGAUAACGGCCUGUGACAGCGGCAGCUUGGAGGUGGUUCAGUAUCUCCUAAGCAAGGGGGCGGAUGUCAACAGGGGUGACCAGUUCUUCUGGACACCUAUCCACCAUGCAGCUCACGCAGGACACGUGGAGAUCGUUGAGCUGCUAGUAAAAGCCGGAGCUGAUGUCAACGCCCAAUCCCUGGAUGGUGGAACGCCCCUCGUAAGGGCCAUUGAGUGCGGUCAGUCCUUAUGUGUGCACUUCCUCGUCAAGGCAGGAGCCAACGUUUACCUGGAAAACAAGAAAGGUCAGAACAGUCUCCGUGUCGCUCAGGAUUUUGGAAACUCCACCAUCAUUGACAUCGUGAAAGCCAGGAUGAGAUCUCUGCCGAAAUCCAGUGGUAGCAUGGAAGACCCAGGGGUCAAAUCCCAAAGACCCAAACCUGUCAAAAAGAAGCUGGUCUGCUUCUCACUAAACGUUUCUGGACCGGAUGUGGAAAGGUCUGCAUUGUUGUUGCUACAGGCCGUUGCUGCCGAACAUGCAGCACACACAGACACUGUGACAACAAUGUCAGGCAGCAAAAUUGUGCAGUUGGAUUUAAGGAGCGUCAGUCUUCAGAACGCUAGGAUCAGAAGCAUGGAAGCAAACCCGGUGGACAUCACUUUUCAAGCAAAAACGGUUUGGGGAGAGCCCCCCACCACCAGCCAGCUCCUGUCAAACAUCCAGAGACGAAGGACACCUGUAACUGUCGAUGUAGACUUGGAAGAUCUUUUGAUGCCUUAUGGUCAGAGCAUCCACAGGAAGAUUGUGGAGCUGUCAAAAAUGAAGGACCUCGUCCUCCUGCGCUGACUUAAAAAAUAGAUUCAUAUCAGUUUUACUCCUCUUGUAAUCAUAAAAUAUUUAGAUUUCAUCAUGUAGCAUAUAAAAUUCACCUUUUUGUCUACAGUUAAAUCAUAAAGCCUAUAAAAAAAUA